CAACCCAAAGCACUAGGAGUAAUUAUCACGACAAAAACAAAGAAAAAAGAAGACGUGAAGUCAACGUUCGACCCACUCCCUUCUCCGCGCCUUUGCUUAAGCUUAAUUCCUUGUAUGUAUUUGGUAAUAACAUCACUUUUUUGGGCAGGUGAACUGUUUACACUGUCCAUUUGCACCGAUUUACCCGACUCAUAAUUUGACCUCAAAUGGCAUGGCAACAGUUCACCAUUACUCUCGUGAGCCUCUCGUUGAUCUCUCUGUUGAUACGUUACGGCGUCGUUUCCGGUAUCCGAAUUUCUGAUGUUUCCAAUAUCAGCUCCGGUUUCCUCCCUUCGCCGGCGGACGGCAGCCGUCACACAAACAUGUUACUUCCGCUUUUUCCUCCGAAAGACACUUCUCGCCGUGCUGAAAUCUCCCGUCGGCACCUCCAGAAAAGCCCCGCCAGUGCUCGCAUGUCUCUCCAUGAUGAUCUCCUUAUCAACGGAUACUAUACAACUCAUAUUUGGAUUGGAACACCACCACAGAAGUUUGCUCUUAUUGUUGAUACAGGCAGUACUGUUACUUAUGUUCCUUGCUCUUCAUGUGAAAAGUGUGGCAACCAUCAGGAUCCUAAGUUUCAGCCGGAAAAGUCAAGCACUUAUCAAUCUGUGAAAUGUGAUAAGACUUGUCCCUGUGACCUUAAGAGGCAGCAAUGUAUUUAUGAGAGACGGUAUGCUGAGAUGAGUUCAAGUUUCGGGUUGCUUGGAGAGGACGUCAUAUCUUUUGGAAAUCUAAGUGAGCUUGGACCACAACGAGCUGUUUUUGGAUGUGAAAUUGCGGAAACUGGUGAUCUUUACAGCCAACGUGCUGAUGGAAUAAUGGGCUUGGGUCGAGGGGAUGUCAGUAUAGUUGAUCAACUUGUUGGAAAACAUGUAAUCAGUGAUUCUUUCUCCUUGUGCUAUGGAGGGAUGGAUUUUGGUGGUGGGGCGAUGGUUCUUGGUGGAAUAAAACCCCCUGCUCACAUGGUCUUUACCAAAUCAUAUUUUGGUCGCAGCCCGUACUACAAUAUUGAGCUGAAGGAGAUACAUGUAGCUGGGAAGCCGCUGAAAGUAAAUCCUCAGGUUUUUGGUGGAAAACAUGGGACUAUUCUUGAUAGUGGUACCACCUAUGCUUACCUUCCAGAAGCAGUAUUUGUAGCUUUCAAGAGUGCUGUAAUGAAAGAGCUUCAUUCUCUAAAACAGAUCAAAGGGCCUGAUCCUAGUUUUAAUGAUAUCUGCUUUUCAGGGGCUGGAAGCGACGUGUCACAGCUCGCAAAGAACUUUCCGCCUGUUGAUAUGGUUUUCAGUGAUGGAAAUAAACUAACUAUCUCUCCUGAAAACUACUUGUUCCAGGUAGGCAUCUUAUUCUUCUUUAGUACUUUGUUAUUUAUCUUGCCUGAUGCUAUUUUGGCUUCAGAUCCACUGGCUUCUUUUUCUUUUUACUAUUUUGUAUUGAUUAUUUCCCCCCUUUUCCAAUGUAACUUGUAUGCUUUAAAGCAUUUCAAAGUACGUGGUGCUUAUUGCCUAGGAAUUUUCCCGAAUGGAAAGAAUCCAACUAGUCUUCUUGGAGGAAUCGUUGUUCGCAACACUCUUGUAACUUACGAUCGUGAAAAUGAAAGAAUUGGUUUUUGGAAAACUAAUUGUUCAGAGCUAUGGGAUAGACUGAAUUUAUCUCCUCCUCCACCUCCAUCUCCAUCUACACCAGUGCUUUCAGACUUGCAUAACCCAAACUCCACUGCACAUAUGUCUCCUUCACCAGCUCCUAGUGGACCUCCUCGGUACGAUAUACCUGUGGAGAUUGAAAUUGGGCUCGUUACAUUUUACAUGUCACUAAGUGUCAACUUCUCAGAGUUGAAGCUACGGAUUCCAGAACUUGCCCAUUCCAUUGCCCAAGAGUUGGAUGUUAAUGUUUCACAGGUUCGCUUAAUGAACUUUUCAACAAAGGGAAAUGAUUCCCUCACUAAAUGGGGUGUCUUUCCAGCAGGAUCUACAGACCUUAUGCCAAAUGCCACUGCAAUGGAAAUAAUAGCUAGGUUGGCUGAACAUCAUCCUCAUCUAAAGGAUUCCUUUGGAAGUUAUAAAUUGUUCAAUUGGGGCAUUGAACCUCCACCAAAAAGGAAGCAUUGGCCGCGAAAUUACUUGCCCCUAGUAGUACCAUUUUUAGUUGUUUUGAUAGUUGGACUAUCAGCUCCUAUUGGAUGGUUAAUUUGGAGGCGAAGGCAAGAACGGGCUCUAACUUAUGAACAGGUUGGAAGUGUUGAAACUGUUACUCACGAGCAAGAACUACAGCCGCUAAAAUGAAAGGGAAUUAUUUGCCAAGGAUGGUUCAUGGUAAAAAGGAAAUUUUGAAGUGGAAGUGUUGAUCUCUUAUACAGACAGAUUCAUGAUUUGAAUUUUAUGGGUUCGAGUUCGGAAUUCUACCCCAACCCAUAUGGUUGUUUAUUGGGUUUGCGAUCUAUUAUUUGUACUUCAGUAAAAAAAUAAUUUACACAUAUAUAGGGUUAGGAACUUAGGAUAAGUUAAAUCUGUCCUUUUGUUCUUCAUACCACUACCACAUCGUAUGCUGCUUCUUUCUCUAUUCUUAUUGUGGUGUAUUUCAUGACAGUUUAUGCACACAUUCAUUUUUCUAUCAGGUGCCUGUAUUAUUUUACCUGCAUAAAUACCAAAGUAUAUUUAUGAAA